AUGAAUGAAGCUGAAUUUAAACCUAACAAUUAUGAAGAGGUAUUUGUAGAUGAUUUAAAGUUGACUGAGAGUGCACAUAUACAUUCAUUAUUGCUAAAUAUUGAUGAAUUAAAUUAUGAAAAAAUAAAGCGGACUAUAUUAUUUUAUUUGGAAGAAGUUUCUGAAUACGCCUUUAUCAAAUACUGGAAGACUAUCCUAUCAAUUAAUUCAAAUUUUAUUAUUAACUCUGAAAGAAGGUUUAGAGACUUAGAAGAAGAACCUGAAGAUGAUAGAAUAAUGAUUCAUUUACUUUAUGAUUCGUUGCAGGAGUUGCAAUAUAUAUCUAUGUCAAAAAUACUAUUGAUUACAGAUAUUAUCUUGAAUGAUACUUUCCUAAGUACAAUAUGUGAGAACAUGAAGCUAUCUCAUAUUCUAAGGCAUUUAGAUCCAAUUAUUGACGAUAUCAUUAUAAAACGUUUACAGAUCCGAAAUAACUACAUACCAGUUGAAUCGCAACUCGAGGAAGCAUCAAAAAAUAUUGAAAAGGAAUUUAUAAAUAUAGUAGCAUCAUCAAAUGAAAGCAAUUUUUGGCUAAAAUCAUCCUUAUUACUUGAAUAUGCUGAUGAUAAUGACAGAAUGAAAAUGUUAUCAUUGUUCAUUACAAAGUUGCUGAUCUCUGAUAAAUCGAUUCUAUAUCUGUUCCCCUCUUCAACAAAUUUAGAAGAUGUGGUGAAUUACUUAUACAAGAAUAAUAAACUAAAAAACGAGACGAUGAGUUUUGCCAGGUACAAGGCUUUAAAUUGGAAUAAUAUUUUUCAGGUAAUCAACAAAAAUAUAUCAUCUGAAGAUGUAAAUGCUAUAACGCCCAAAUCUAUAUUGUUUAUUUUAGCAUUAUUCAACAACAUAGGCAUUUGGAAAGAAUUUUUCGGUUUCCCUUGGGAUGAAGACUUUGUAACAACAUUAUUAUCAUUUGUGAGACAUUUUGACGAACGCAUAAAAGGAAGUUUCUUAUAUUCUGAAUUAAAUGAACAAGUGAUAUAUCAACAAAAUAAGUUAUCUGAAUUCCAUUCAGAAAUCCCCAUAUUUGCAUAUUUUAACACAAUAACUUUUCUUCGGUUUGGAUUUUCAAAGAGUGUUGAUAUGUUAUCUUCGGACUUAAAAAAAUUAUCAAUUGGCAUAUACGAUAUCCCUGAUAACUAUCUACUAACGAUAAUGAAUAAUUUUGAAUAUUUGCGAAAUGUGAUCAAAGAAGAGGCUACAUUAAUUAAUUUUACAAAUAAUUUGCUAGAUCAACUAAUGAUGCAGCAUCCGACUACUUUUGAACCACUUUUCCAAAAUAUAAAUGAUUUAACGAUUUUACCUUUAUUAUUAAAAAAGAAUGAGAAGAAAGCUACAUAUUUCAAUUACUUUAAAGAGAAUUUCGAUAAGAUUAAUAAAAUGGAUAUUUUUCUAGAGGCACUGGAUAUUGAGGACAAGUUAUUGUUCCAAAAAACAGAAGAUCCGAACAAAUUCACAUCCGUUCCUAAAUUGAACGUGAAUGAAAUUAAAUUACUUAUUAACUACCUUGACGAGAUUGUGAAAAGUAAAGUGUGUACAUAUACUGCCUUAGAACUAGGCCAAUUACUAUUAGAAACAAGAAAUUAUUUGUUGAAAAAUGAAUUCGAUAGCACUUUUGAUGACAAAGAAUACCGAUUGUUGAUGAAAUUUCCAAAAAUUAUUCUCCAUGAUAAAUUUGAAGGUAUCGAGUUAAGUGAAAACAAUUUGAUUAUUCAAAAAUCUGUUGAUAAUGAGGUCCAAAAAAAGCUUAUAUCAUUAUACAAAAAUGAAUUAUUACUCGAUGACCUUAUUCAGUAUUUAAUUAAACUGAAGCUAAGUACUAGCAUACAGGACAAUGAACUAUAUUGUGCGUUCAUUUAUUUCUUGAUUUUUGAGUCGGAUUUUUUCUUUCAGUAUCCAAAAACAAUCUUGGAGAUAACUGCUGAACUUUGGGGCUUGCUUAUUCAAAACAAUGUCGUCGAAGCAGUCUCUUUAGAUGUGUUUUGUAAAAUAAUAACAAAAUUUCAAAAAAGUGAAGAUGAGCGUUUAAAAUUAUUUGCAACUAUUUCCAGUAACAUUUUUAAUGAUAAAGAGAUUAUCACAUUACCUAAAUUUUUAAAAACAAUUAAGGUUAAUAAUCCUUCUAAUAAUACCCUUUUCAGCAGUGAGAUGAUUUUAGAGUCCGACAAUAAUGCAAAUUCUAAACCAACAUCAUUUACAAGGUAUUUUAAAGACACUCCUUAUUCAGCAAAAAAAGAUCAAAUUAAACCUGAAUUAGUUUCGGAUUCUAAAAUAUAUGUGCUGCUAUUAAAUUUAACAGAAAAAAAUUUCACAACUAAUCUCAAGCACUUCAAGGUCCUUGUUACACCACCAUAUUUUACCUACUUUUGCAGAACUAUUUUAUCAAAAUUUAUAUCACAGACAAAUGAUAACAAGGUAUUUGAAAAAUUAAUUUUUGGCAUGAAUUCAAAACAAUUAAUUGAGUGUAUGAUACAUGAAACUGUUAGUGCUCUAUUGGUAUUAUUGGAUACUGACUCCUGCGAUAUUAGUGAAUUGCACAAACUAGCUUUGUGGUUGGGAUUGAUAACAAUUGCCCAUGAUAUAGAGAUAGCUAACAACAUUCUUCCUCUCCGUCAAAUAUUGAUAGAUUCUGUUGAGAAUGGGUAUAUUGAUAAGGUAAUCUCGACGGUUUGCGGAAUUCUUGUUCAUGCAAAAGAAUCACACACAUUCAGGUUUCCAAACAUCUGGACGAGCUCGAUCCUUCAGGAGUUAUUCCAAAUAUAUCACUUGUCUGUCUUAUCUAUUCCACAUCUAUUUGAGAUUGAAUUUUUAUUUAAUGAACUAUUUGGUAAUAUUAAAAAUUUCAAAAUGCCAGAAUUAGUUGCUGAAUAUGAUCGCUUAUCAGAAAAUGAUAUACCAUUAGGUAAAAAAAUCAACAAUACAAAAAUUGAGCCACAACUAUCUCGCAAGUCGGUUAAUCAUCUAACUGUAUUUAGAAUAGAUAAAAUAAGCAAUAAAGCAACAUCUACAUCUAUUUUAGCUAUAGUAUCAAAUUUAGUUGGAUCUUCUACAUUGGUUUCAAAUAAAGAUUUAAGAGAAACUUUUGGCAUGGCUAUCUCUAAAAGUGUCUACACAGUUGUCACUAAUCUUUAUGAAACUGGAUUCGAACAUGUAUUGCCGAUAUGCUUAAUGGAAACGGAGAAAUUAUACAAUGUUGAUAUGAAUGAAGAACGGUUAAAUUUAAUUAUUGUGGAAAUUAUGAAUAAAGUGCCACUAAAAAAGUUGCUGUUAGAUGCGACUCAAUGCAUUAAAGUAGAUACAAAACAAAACAUGGAAUUGCUCUGCUCUAUGAAUUCUUUAAAAGAUUUGAGCAUGGAGACCGAUAUUGAUGGAACUCUGCAGGAAAACGAAUCUUUAAUUUACAAGAUAUUUUCAAGCUUAUUAACAGAAUUGUUUUUUUAUGAGAUUAAAAAAUUUAUCAUGCAAAAACAUAAAUCAGAAUUAGAUUCACAAGAUAAUAUAAAGUGUUUACGAGAAGCUUUAAAGGUUUCGAACUUACAGAAAAAUAACCAUCAAAUUAAUAAUAUCUCAAUGACUGCAAUAAAGAAUGAAACAAUGGCGCAUGAUACUCCUCCAGGUUUAUCAAUCAUAUCAAACCAGGUAGCAAGAAAGCCAACAGUGCAUAAUUACUUAACUACACCGGAAAACGACGAUAAGAAUGCAGUUGCUCAUUUAAUUAAUCUUUACUUGAGAAAUUUGAAAUCUAAUAUAUUAAAUUCAACUGACAAUGGGAUAAAUUUGAAUGGCGUGAUAUCAUUAAAUAUUCAGAUAUGCACAAAGAUAUUGGAAUUGUUUCCAAAAUAUAACACAAAUGCGGAAUUGAAGUCAAUUAUCUUUCAUGAAGUAUUUCAAUUGCUUGUAAUUACUCAGAACGAUUCAUUCAAAGAAAUCAUGUUUCAAUUUUUAAAAGAAUUCAAACACGAAUUCUCAAAUUUCAAAGUAUUUAUUAAUUGGUGGUUUAUAAAAUUCCUGCCAUUACAUCCAAUUUACAGUAAAGAAUUACUAAGAUUUUCAUUUGAAAAAAUUAUUGGAAAUGAAGACUUAGAUUUUAUCUUAUCUUCUAUUUUAUUAACAAAUAGAUCAUCCUCUUUUAUUGAAUUCCUCUGCGAAUUUUUUUUUCAAUGCAUUUCAAAUAAAUCAGAGAUGUUAUUGAAAAGUGAAUUUAUUUCGACUGUUGAAGCUCUUUCUCGAUUCAAUAAUGACGCUGCGAAACAUGUAUUGAAUGUGUUUGAUUCCUAUUCUUUACUUCAGAAUAUUGAAAGUUCUUCACAAACUAAAAAAAAUAAAUAUAUUUUGAUACUUAUUGAGUUUAUCUCUCUACUCAAGAAUUCAUCUACUGAGGGCAAAGUUAUUCUUGUCUUUUUAAAGCAAUUGUUUCAAAAGAAGGUUUUCUGCGAUACUAAUGAUUUAAUUGAAUUUUUUAAUAUUUUACUUCAAUAUUCUGAACAAAUGUUUACAGCUUCAACUUCUGCCACUGAUGCAUUAUUAGUUGUAGAUGCUGUUGUUGUUUUAUUUAUGAAUUUACUCAUAUAUCUUGAUAUUGACAAUUUAUUAAGAAAGGACGUCGUUGAGUUGUUUAUGUCUCAAAUAUCGUUCCAUUUCAACGAGCAACAUAACAUAAAUAAAUUAAACGAAAGGUUUUAUUUUAGAUUAUAUUCAUCAUUGUUGUGCCAGUGGUCAAGCAUGGUUACUGAUGAUUUUAAAAGUGUUGAAAAUGAAUCUAUUCAGCAUGACUUAAAAGAAUUUAUUCCUAUAUUUUACAAUACCAUCACCUCGGCUUUACAUUCAUUCCAGCCUGUUUUAUUUCCUGGGUUUUCCUUUGCAUUUCUUUCUUUGAUAUCUCAUAGAAUGUUAUUACCCUUUUAUCUUCAAAACGAGUCUUACUGGAUGGACAUUACGUUACUAUUCGGCGAUGUUCUAAAAUUCAUCGAUUUAUAUUCUACUCAGGAAUAUGUGUCUACAAUUAUUGAAGUCCUAACGAAUGGCAUGAUCAAUAUCUUUGAAAAGAUAUCGGAUGAAUAUCCUCAAUAUUUAAUUGCUAAUCAUUCGCAGCUGAUAGCAUUAUUACCUGAAUCAUCUGUGAAAUUAAAAAAUAUCGUUCUAUCUUCAAGCCCAGUUGGUUUUGAAACUGAAUGUUAUAGAAAAGAACUCGACGAAACUGUAGUCAAUGACAGCAGUGCACCUUCCAUUAAGACAGACCCAACAUUAAUUAUAUCCAGGAUAAAGAAGCCUCUGGUAAGUUAUAUAAGAAUGCCUUCAUCUUCAUCACUUAUGCAAAUUAAUAAAGACAUAUACUUGAGAAAUUUAAAGACAGUGAAUGGUAUUGGUUACAAUGUGAUAACGGUAGAUCCCAAAAAAAUAAGAGCAAUAAUUUUAUUCAUUUUAAUACAACUAGCUAAUGAAUUAAAAAAAUUGUCUUAUAAAGUAGUUUUUAACUUAAAUUCUUCCUAUUACACUUUGUUAAAAUCUAUGAUUUUUGUUGAUGGUAGUGAUAAAGAGGAAGUUAGAUAUAGAUUGAUAUCAGUUAUUGUUGAACAACUAAGAUACCCAAACAUUCACACGUUUUGGUGUAUUUACUUCCUUGAAAAUAUUUAUCAAAAUCAUGAUGAAACAGACGAUGAAAUUGUGUUAAAAGAAGUUCAAGAAAUAAUACUACGAUGCAUAUUUGAAAGAUUAUUAAUUGUAAACGAUGGACCGUAUCCUUGGGGUUGUGUUGAAUUGCUCAUCCAUUUAAUCAACUUACGAAAAGUUGAUAUCACGGAUUUGCAACUAAUUAAAAAUAAUGCCACUUUCAAAUCUAAAUUAGAACAGUUUUUCUGA